CACACUUGCAUACACGAAAUAGUACAUAACCUAUUUCCGAGUUGCUACGGGUGGGGCCCCUCAAACUCAUCCCCUCCACUCGGUAGUGCUAAGAAAGGACAGCAGCAUCACUAAUAAAAAAACAGAGAACUUACAAUUAGAGUUUCGUGUUCAACAUAGAGACAGUAGCAGAUGGAUUCGCAUUUAGUAUCUUGAUUUCCUUGACAACGGAGACAAAGUAGGGGUAGCCUGUUUCACUUAACAUGUAAAAUUUGGACAGUGCGGACAUACUUAUUGUCAGGCGAAUGUGCUAGGUACAUUAGGGACAGAUGCAUAUAUCUCAGUCUUCGGAUUGUGGACAGCAUUUGUUACAAGUUUCCACGUGCAAUCAAGGAUUCGUACUUCUCGGGUUCCAUUAUUUUUCUGACGUUGAGUUCGUGUCGUUGCUCAAAAAUUGUGCGCGAAAUUGAAUUGACUUAGAAAAAAUACCCGUCUACGAUCCGCGUCUGAUAUCGCUUUGGCUUUCGUUACUCAAAUCAACGAGGAAAAGAGAAUUACCAGUUCUUCGAUAUGGACCUGAAAAAUUUGCAAGAAUUCAUGGAAUUAGUUGGACGACUGAAGUUUCGGUAAACGCGUGCAAGGAUAAUGUAUAGGGGUAUACAGUUUUGGCAGUCCCUCGAUCAGCUGUAAUCGGACGGACUCAGUUUUUAAUAAUGCUAUCGCUGCUGCAUUGUAUACAGUCCAGUAUAGGGGAAACAUUGAUGAAAUUGUCAAGUUGUUUUGAAUCUGAUAGAACCGGAUGAUCAAUUCUAGUUUAUGUGAACUAAUCCACAAAAAUGUAUAACUACGAAAGUAUCUUUAAACACAUGAAGAGGACAGGAUGGGUCAUCAGAAACAUCACUGAUCCAGAGACAAUUGCAGGGCACAUGUACCGGAUGGCUAUGUUGUCUUUCCUAGUGGAUAACGAUGAACAGUUAGACAAAGUCAAAAUCAUGCAGAUGGCUUUGAUCCAUGACUUGGCGGAGUGUAUUGUAGGAGAUAUAACACCUCACUGUGGAGUUGCGCCUGAUGAAAAACAUAGGCGAGAAGAUGAAGCUAUGGAAGAGAUUUGUAAACUCCUAGGUGAUAAGGGACCAAUGAUAUUGGAGAUGUUUAGAGAAUACGAAAAACAAGAAUCCCCUGAAGCAAAAUACGUGAAGGAUCUGGACAGACUAGAUUUAAUAAUGCAAGCAUAUGAGUAUGAGAAGAGAGACAAUGUUCCUGGUGAGUUGGAAGAGUUCUUUGUUGCAACCAAUGGGAAGAUCAGACAUCCCUUUAUUAACAAAAUGGCAUCUGAAAUCACAGCAACAAGACAAGCUUUAUGUCGCCGUUUACCUAGUUUAUAAUAAGAAUUAGGGUUUUUAGAACUUAAAUUCAAACUCAGUUUUUAUAUAUUUUAUUUGUUAUAUUUUACAAAAGUCAUAUGAAGUCAUGGCGAUAAGUUCUGCUGUUCAAUUAGACUAAUAAACAACACGCAUAUUAUUAUUAUUACUAUUAUAAAAACAAUUAUCAUUUAUAAUAAUGAUAUAACAUUCUAAACAAACACUGAAGAAGAAAUGCCCAUCCAGGAAUGUUUCUUCUUAUUUUCCGCAAAAAUGGAAUUUAUUACAAUUUUUAUUAGAGGCAAUACGAAAUGAUGACUUUAUUAUUGCGACGUGUAUUUGUAAUGCAAUGUUACACCUUUGUUCGAUAUGUUUAGUUUUUACAACGAUAAAUAAUUAUUAAUAAAAUAAUAAAAUAUUUAUUAAUACAGAUUAUUAAUGAAUAAAUUAUUAAUAAAAUUGUACUUAUUUAUCGUUUAAAAUGUUUUGUUAGGUUCCGCAAUUCAAUUAACUGUAAUUACAUCCAGUUUUAAAUUAAUUUAUUUUCAAUUAUUUAUGAUAAAUAAUAAAGCUUCAUUAAGCAAAAA